CCUACAGAUUGGAAAAGUUUCGGCGCGGCAGACCGCCGGCGUAGAAAGCUGGGGCACACGAGCCAAGGGUGCCGACCGGCUGGUUCCACCUCAACUACAGCGCUGGGGCUGCUGUUAAGGCCCCACUGUAAACUACCGCAGACAGUCGCAUCCACUCAAACGACUCUAUCUGUAUAGUAUCCAGACCAGACCAGACAUAGAGCCCUCAUCGUCAGUCAGUCCGUCCGUCGACCGAUAGACGACCAUCACAAAUGAUCGACAGAUAGCAAAAGGCCACGCUAAAUACACAAGCUAAUCCUAAACUACUCGUGGCACCUACAACCCCCCAGACCAAAGCCAUCAACUCAACCAUCUAACUCGAUCAUUCCUCUUAACCCAACAACACCUGAACCAUGUCGUAUUACUUCGUCAUAGUCGGGACAGAAGACAACCCGCUCUUCGAGUACGAAUUCGGCACCUCGAAGGCCGGCGGCGACGGCCAGGCGCGCUUCCCCGAGCAAGCGCACCACAUGAACCAGUUCAUCGUGCACAGCAGUCUGGACAUCGUAGAGGAAGUCCAAUGGGGCAAUGGACAGAUGUAUCUCAAGUGCAUCGACCGCUUCUUCAACAACUUCGUGUCCUGCUUCUUGACAGGCGGCAACGUGAAGUUCAUGCUCCUGCACCAGCCGCCCGCGUCGUCUUCGUCUUCGUCCGGCGGCGGCAUCACCAACCCGCGCUCGUCGACGUCUACCAUCGCCACGAACCCGACGAGUCCGCAGACCGAGGAGGCCGUGCGCGCCUUCAUGCUCGAGGUCUACGAGUCGUGGGUCAAGGCCAUCAUGAGCCCCUUUUAUCGCGCCAACAUGGAGGUCCGUAGUCCUAUUUUCCGCCAGCGGGUGGCUGCUGCUGGUCGCAAGUACUUGUAAUAUCUAAUAUCUUCGGGUCGGUCAUGAUGUGUGUGUGAUGUGGGUGUAUAUAUCUCUUGGUUGGUCAUUACAGAGGACGUCAAGCAUCGAAAAGGAGGUAUAUGCCUGGCCUAGGUAUCGUGCGAGCGGCGUUUGGAGUUUUAGACUAGAUACCAUGAUUAUUUUACAAAUACCAAGUCACAUGAAACAGAAAGUUGACAAUCAAGUAUUUGUGUUCAUAUUGCAAUAUUAGAAUUGCAUCUGUAUUGAUCAGUGCUGUGCACUACUACAGUCGGCAGACGCCUUCCCUUCAUGGGCAAUCAAUCCAUCGUGUAAACCCGAGCCAACCCAUAAACCACCAACGCCUAAUAUCACACAAUGUUUGUGUAUCAUGCAGCAGAACGACGCGCGAAUACUGAAAGCAAAAUAUUUCCUCCAUCUUCUAGAGUACACCAUAGGCCGUGUACAAGUGAGCCAAUUGCCCUUGUGCCAUGUGAGUUGGUAUGGAUAGUAGAGGUGCAAUGUUGGAGGGAAACCGAGCAAAACCGGCUUAACCACCGAAACCGUAGAGGGUACGGCCCUGUCGCUUCAAGGCGUAAACGACAUCGAGAGAUGUGACGGUCUUGCGCUUGGCGUGCUCAGUGUAUGUAACAGCAUCUCGGAUGACACCUUCGAGGAAAGACUUGAGGACACCGCGAGUCUCUUCGUAGAU